AUGAUGAACCCAAUCCUACACCAUGACGUUGAAAAGCGAGCUGGCGCAGUAGAUCCUCCACUCGUCGACGAAACCGGUGCCGUCCCAGCAACAAGCUUCGAAUAUGGAAACUCGGUCUACGCGAAGCUGCAAAGGCUCGGUGGGAAGAUUAAAGUCGAACAGCGAGGAAUUGAGCGCGUUCCCGAGGAUGAGAGAACGGAUAAUUCUUACUGGAAUAUUGGCUCAAUGUGGCUCGCUGCGAACAUGGUUGUUCCCUCUUUCACUAUCGGCGUCCUUGGUAGACCAUUGUUUGCUCUGGGGUUUGUGGAUGGAGUCCUGGUUAUUAUCUUCUUCAACUUUAUCGCCGUCUUGACCGUUUGCUUUUUCUCCACGUUCGGUGCGACGUUUGGAUUGAGGCAGAUGGUGCUUUCGCGCUUUUGGUUUGGUUGGUGGGGAGUUAAGCUAAUCGCACUUUUCAACGUGUUGGCAUGUAUUGGGUGGGCUGCAGCCAAUAUCAUCGUCGGAGCCCAGCUGAUCAACGCAGUAAACCCAGACGUCCCCGGCUAUGCAGGAAUCUUGAUCAUAGCAUUUUGUACCCUGCUCGUGGUGUUCUUCGGCUACCAAGUCGUGCACGCAUACGAAUACUGGAGCUGGAUCCCAACGUUCAUCGUCUUCCUGGUCGUUCUCGGCGUUUUCGCUCACUCGGGAGAUUUCGUGAACAUCCCAAUGGGAGUCGGACGUGCAGAACUGGGAGCUGUUCUAUCCUACGGAUCAACAGUUUUCGGCUUCGGCACCGGCUACACCAGCUUUGCAGCCGAUUACACCGUCUACCAACCAAGCAAUCGUCCGCGUCGCAAAGUAUUUCUCGCAACAUGGCUGGGCAUCUUUCCAACGCUUCUUUUCACGGAGUUACUUGGUGCUGCCCUCGCGACUGCCAUGGCAAUCAAUGGAGGCGACAAUGCGUAUCAGCAAGGAUACCAUGAGUCAGGAAUAGGUGGCCUCCUAGGCGCCCUCCUUUUUCCUCGUAUCGGAGGUUUCGGUAAAUUCUGCGUAAUCAUCCUGGCUUUAUCUAUUGUUGCAAAUAAUUGUCCGAAUAUUUACUCCGUCUCCCUCACGCUCAUGGUUAUGGGUCGGUGGACACGCCAUGUUCCGCGCUUCGUGUGGACCAUUGUCGCGACUGCGGUGUAUAUCGCUAUCGCGAUUCCGGGAUAUAGUCACUUUGAGGCUGUCUUGGAGAAUUUUAUGCACUUUAUUGGGUACUGGCUGGCGAUCUACGAGGGGAUUGCCUUGACAGAGCACUUCGUGUUCCGCCGUGGCUUUUCCGGGUAUCGGCCGGAAGAUUAUGAUACUCGUGAAAACCUUCCUCCUGGUAUUGCGGCGCUCUUGUCAUUCUGCUGUGGUGUUGUUGGGAUGGUGACUGGGAUGAGUCAAUCGUGGUAUAUUGGACCGAUUUCGAAGAGCGCGGGCGUGCCUUCUAUUGGAGGCGAUGUUGGGUUUGAAUUGGGCUUUGCAUUUGCUGCGGUUUCCUAUGCCGUCUUGAGGACUGCUGAGAAGAGAUUCUUCAAAAGAUGA